AUGAAAAAGGAGCAUUCAGGGAGCGAAGGUCGCGAUGCGGCUGAUUUGUCCCGCUUGGCAAAGCGCCCCAAGAUUUUCAAAUCGCAAAGCGGGGGAAAAAACACGCACAGAAAGGACGAGUAUGAUGUUGCAUGGGUUUGCGCGCUGCACAUUGAAAUGGGAGCGGCUCGUGCCAUGCUCGACGAGACUCAUGAUCCAUUGCCAUCAAUGGAAGAUGAUACCAACAGCUACGUCCUUGGGAGGAUUCAAACACACAACGUCGUCAUCGCUUGUCUACCAAAUGCCGAGUACGGAACCAACAACGCGGCUCACGUGGCAAGCAACCUAAAGCGCACAUUUCCCAGCAUCAAAUACUGGUUGAUGGUUGGGAUCGGAGGUGCGGAUCCAAGUAGGCAUGAUAUUCGCUUAGGCGAUGUCGUCGUUGGAACGAGGGUAAUGCAAUACGAUUACGGCAAAAUCGUCAAGGGGGGGUUGAAAACCACAGCAAUACCAAGAUUGCCUGACCACUCCCUGGGCACGGCCAUCUCCAACUUGCGGUCCAAGCAUGAGCUUGAAUCAAAUCGAAUUCCCUCCAUACUGCAGAAUAAGCUGGGGAAACAUCAACACUUCCUUCAUCCAAACCUACCAGAUCGCCUUUUUCGAAAGACAUACGAACAUGAAGGAGAAGCAUCUUCUUGUGAUGAUUGCGACCCGUCAAAGAUCAUGCCUCGUCGUAUCAGAAUAUCAGAUAUCCCGCAGGUACAUUAUGGCGGUAUCGCGUCAGGAAAUCAGGUAAUGAAGGAUGCCUGGACAAGGGAUAAGAUAGGCUCAGAACUGGAUGUCAUAUGCUUCGAAAUGGAGGCUGCCGGUGUGAUAGGCGUCCUCCCAUGCCUGCCAAUACGAGGAAUCUGUGAUUACGCAGAUAGCCACAAGUGCAAGGAAUGGCAAAGGUAUGCUGCAGCUACCGCAUCCGCCUAUGCGAGGGAAUUACUCGAGGUUCUGCCAAGUUCCAAUAUCUGCACUCUGGCGCCUUCCCACUUUGACACCGACCGUCCGAAGGACCUAGGAAUGGCCCGUCGCAAAAUAUUCCUUGCUUCUCUCAAGUUCGAACAAAUCGAAUCCCGGCGAUUGACCAUCAAAGAAGCCCAUGAAAAAACCUGCCGCUGGUUUCUCAGCCACCCAUCUUACAAAGCCUGGCUUGAUGCUUCGCAACUAAAACAACAUCAUGGGUUCCUCUGGGUCAGUGGUAAGCCUGGCGCAGGGAAGUCUACCUUGAUGAAAUUUGUCCAUUCCACAAUGACCAGAAAACACGAUAGCGAUGAGGUAAUUGCAUCCUUCUUCUUUAAUGCAAGAGGUGAAUCUUUGGAAAGUUCAGUGUCCGGAAUGUAUCGGUCACUACUACUUCAACUUCUAAAAGGUUAUCCAGACCUCCAGCAAGUCUUAGACGACCCUGGGCUCAUGGCCAAUGUUUGGAGUCAGGAUUCAGCCCUCCAGGAAGUGCUGGAUGACCCUGAGCUCAGGGCUAAUUCAUCAAGCCAGAAGUAUUACCGCCUCUCCUUGGAUGUUCUCAAAAACAUCUUUCGAGCCGCGAUAACGAAUCUUGGCAGUCGUCCUUUCACCUGCUUCGUAGAUGCUCUUGAUGAGUGUGAUGAACAGCAAGCAGUUGAGAUGAUACACUUCAUCGAAGAGCUCACCAUACAAUCUACUAAUAAUGGAACGCCUCUUCGUAUCUGCUUUUCUAGUCGUCAUUAUCCGUAUAUUAACAUAGGAUGCAGCAUUCGGGUGACACUCGAGGCCCAACCAGGACAUACCGAUGAUUUGAUGGACUACAUCAAGAGCAGCCUGCGCAUUACGAACCCUCGGCUAGUUAAGCAGUUACAAAAGGACAUCAUAAACAAAGCUGCCGGGGUGUUCUUAUGGGUCGCGCUUGUUGUUCAUAUUCUCAAUGACGAGGAUAGACGGGGUCGGCCAACGCUUCGGAAAAAGCUCGAGGAGAUUCCAAGUGGAUUAAGCGAGCUUUUCAGGGACCUUGUGACAAGAGACAAGGAUAACAUCGAGGAUCUUAUUCUCUCUAGUCUAUGGAUUCUCUUUGCAUAUGUACCGCUUUCACCCGACCAGUACUUCCAUGCUUUAUGGUCUGGACUCUAUUUGAAGGGCUCAGCAGAUACAGAAAUUCCGGACACGUCUCUUUAUACAGAUGAGACAGCUACCAGAUAUGUCACCAGUUCUUCCAAAGGAUUGGCCGAGAUAACUAUAUCCAAAUGGCCAUCCGUACAAUUCAUCCACGAGUCCGUUCGAGACUUCCUUCUCAAAGACAAUGGCCUCAAUAUUCUCUGGGCUGAACUUGGAUCCGAAAGAGAAAGCCCAUGUCACGAGAGGCUAAAAGAAUGCUGCGAGGCUUAUCUCAACCAUCCCACCAUCCACAAGUUCGUCGACAAGCAAAAAGGCGGGUCUGAUAAGGAGGGUCAUAAACUCUUCCCAUUUGCGAUUUACUGUCUUCGAAAUAUUCUGUAUCAUGCAGACGAAGCCGCACAAGCCAUUCCCCAAAAUUCUUUUCUAGAAAAUCUUGAGCCCUCUAAGUGGUUAAGGAUUUCCAGAUCCCUGGGCAUGCACGAUGGUGACAGAGAUGAAUUAGAUUUUCACAACAAGUCAGAAAAAAGUCUUCUCUACCUUCUGGCAGCUAAAGAUUGCCCAAGACUGAUUCUGACCUUGAUAAAGGACAAGCCAGUAAAUGAAGUUUAUGGAGAACAAUUCAAUGAUGCUCUACUUGCUGCUUUCAAAUUUAACAACAGGCGCUCAAUAUUCGCUCUAUUCGGUCUAUCAACACCAUUUUACAAUGGAGUUGACAUCACAGCUGGGUUUGAUGACAGCCAACGCGAAGCCUUUGCUGGCCAGACGCCGUUAACAUGGGCCGCCAAAGAAGGAAGAGUCGAGUACAUAGAACUGCUUCUCCAAAGAGGAGUCGACAUUGAGGGUAAAAACCAUUACGGCAACACAGCACUUUUAGAAGCCUCGCGUCAGAAUCGGGAAGGGAUCGUACGGCUUCUCCUUGAAAAGAAAGCGGACGUAAAUACGACUUCGAAAGCUGGCUCGACGCCACUGAUAUGGGCCUCAGGGCGCGGUCGCAACACUAUCAUCAAGCUUUUGAUAGAGAAUGGCGCCGAUCUAAAUGCUAUCAAUGACAAUAAUUCUACAGCCCUCACACAGGCUUUGAGGUAUUGUCAUGAAGACACUGCUAAGCUGUUGAUAGAGAAUGGGGCUAUCCUCAAUAUCAAGCCUACGAAAAAUUCUUUCGAGUCUACGAGAUAG